GCUUCUCUCCUCUCCACAGAGCACAGAAGUCCAGUUCUCACCAGGACACACAUUUGGACAGACCAGGCUCCUCAGGUCUCCACAAUGCCCAUCCCUCCUCCUUGCCUGCUGCUGAUUCUAAUGCUGGGACUCACAGGAGCAGCAGGUGAGGAGGGGCUGCAGGUGCUUCAGCCUGAGAGGUCCGUGUCUGUCGCAGCUGGAGAGACGGCCACUCUGCCCUGCACUGUGACCUCCCUGAUCCCCACUGGGCCCUUGAGGUGGUUCAAGGGAGCAGGACCAGCCCGGGAGUUAAUCUACGAUUUCAAAGGAGAUCCUCGGGGCCACUCCCCCCGAGUAACAAAUGCUUCAGAUGUCACGAGAAGAGACAACAAGGACUUUUCCAUCCGCAUCUGGAACAUCACCCCAGCAGACGCCGGGACCUACUACUGUGUGAAGUUCCGGAGAGAGAGCCCUGCGGACGUGGAGUUUAGGUCUGGGCCAGGCACUCAGCUCACUGUGAGUGCCAAGCCCUCUCGGCCCGUGGUCUCAGGCCCUGCGGCGAGGGCCACACCUGAGCAGACAGUGCGCUUCACCUGCAAAUCCCACGGCUUCUCCCCCAGAAACAUCUCCCUGAAAUGGUUCAAAAAUGGCAAUGAGCUCCCAGCCUCCCAGACCAGCGUGGAGCCCGAGGGAAACGUUUCCUACAGCAUCUCCAGCACCACCGAGGUGCUGCUGGCCCCGGGGGAUGUGCACUCCCAGGUCAUCUGCGAGGUGGCCCACGUCACCCUGCAAGGGGGCCCUCCUCUCCGUGGAACUGCCAACUUGUCUGAGAUCAUCCGAGUUCCACCCACCCUGGAGGUUACCCAACAGCCCCCGACGGGGAGCCAGGUGAAUGUCACCUGCCUGGUGAAGAAGUUCUACCCCCAGCGCCUACAGCUGACCUGGCUGGAGAACGGAACCGUGUCCCGGACAGAAACGGCCUCGACCCUCAUGGAGAACAAGGAUGGGACCUUCACCCGGACCAGCUGGCUCCUGGUGAACUCAUCUGCCCACAGGGAGGCCCUGCUGCUCACCUGCCAGGUGGAGCAUGACGGGCAGCCGGCGGUCACCAGAAACUAUGCCCUGGAGGCUUAUGUCCACCAGAAGGAACAAGACACAGGUGGAAAUCAUGACGUCUGUACCUACUGCUCUGUGAACUUCUGGAAGGGGCGCUCUGAAGACUGUGAAGUUGGAGUCUGGGCCAGGCACUGGGGUGACCGAGAGGGGUCCAUGUCCAGACCUGCUUUGUCGCUGAUUUGUGACAGUGGAGCAGCAGGGAUCCCAGACCAAAAGAUAGCUUGUCCUCUCCUAGUAACUCUUGUCCUAGUGCUGAAGGCCCUGCAGCUGGUGGGUGUCUCUGUCAUCUUUGUCCACAAGAAGUUUUGGACCUGACCCUCCUUCCUCACCCCCUUGCUGGUGUCACUCUCCAUCUCGCCUGCCUCAUUCUCGCCUGAGGGGCCCAGCCCAGGAGAAGGACCCAGAUGGAAGCUGCCAUGACUCUACUCCGAAUUCCUCGCCUCCACGGAGACCUGCCUGUACAUAUGCUCCAGGAGCAGCCAGAGCUGCGUCUUCAUGCAUGGUCACAAGCAGGGAUCAUGGUCGGGUAGCUCAGGGGACCAACUCACGAUGUCUACCUGGAAUGUGAGAAAUAAGGCCAAUCAACACAGAUCAAUGGCUCUCCUCCAUGGCCUUGGACAUGGCCAGGACCUACACAUCAUGUCCUCCUCAAAGGAGUUUUUCUGUCUUGUGGGUUCCUGCCUUCAGCCAACUCCCUACCCUUUGAUGUGCUCCUUUACAUCUUGAGAACACAUGGGUCCCCAUCCUGACUUUAGGAAGAAAAGUGGUUCUCCUGCCUUUUUUAUCUUCCCUUUUUAUGGCCACCCCUCUGCCACAUGGAUGUUCCCAGGCUAGGGGUUCAAUGGGAGCUGCCACUUCAGGCCUGUGCCACAGCUAUGGCAAUGACAAUCCAAGCCACAUCUUCAACCUAUGCUGCAGCUUAUGGCAACAUCACAUCCUUACUCACUGAGCAAGGCCAGGGAUCAAACCCACAUCCUCGCAGAUACUCUGUUAUGUUCUGAACCCACUGAGCCACACCAGGAGCUCGUCUGCUUUCUUUGUGCCCUAAUGUCCUAACCCUCAAACCCAGAAACUCUUACCCCCUCCUCUCUUUGCCAUGGGAACGCUCGUUCUCCUAUCAUCUUGCAUCUCUUCCACUUCUGUGACUCAUGGUAAAUACACUGUGUCCAGAAGCCUUG